UUUAGUGAAGGCAAAUGCUGGAAUAUCGAUGCUUUUUGAGCUUAUAUUAAAGGACUAACGAAGCUGCCACUUGUGAUCCAUUGUUGCUUAGAUUGUUAAUUCAUCACAGCCAACCUCAUUGCUAUCAGAGUUAUGGCGCUGAUGAAGCAUUUGCUGGUCUUCACUUUGCUACUAGCACUCCUAUCCACUUCUGUCCUAAGCAAGAAAGGAGGAGGAAGAGGAGGGAUUUUUGGUGGGUCAAAGUCCAGCAAGAAAACCAGCUCCAGUAGCUCCAGUAAGAGUUCUUGGUCAAGUUGGAGCUCUAACAGUAAUACACAGGGAGGUGGAAACGCACAGUCAAGACCCAACUGGGAUAAUCCCGAUAGCCCCUAUCGAUCUGGUGCAGGAGGGCCAAACUGGGGACAGAAUAACAACAGAAUGCCUAAUCAACAGGGAUAUGGAUAUGGGCAUAAUCAGCCAGGAUAUGGGCAUAAUCAGCCAGGAUAUGGGCAUAAUCAGCCAGGAUAUGGACACAAUCAGCCAGGCUAUGGAUAUGGGCACAAUCAGCCAGGCUAUGGAUAUGGGCACAAUCAGCCAGGCUAUGGAUGGGGUUCCAAUCCUGGUUAUGGCCAAGGCUAUGGGAAAAAUUAUGGUUACAAGCCUAAAGGGUUUGGAAAGAAUUCAAUGGUAGCAGCUGGUGUAGGAGCUGCAGCAGGUGCAGCCGUAGGGUAUGGACUUGGGAGAAUGUACAGUCGUCCCUGGAUGGACAUUGACUUUGAUAGCCCAGAUGCAGCAAAGUACUACAACUAUUAUAUGGCAAGACGCUAUGGAAGACACCAUAACAUGUAUCGUGAUGAUGAUGGUUACAACUACUACUAUGAAAGGCCAGCGAUUUCCUAUAAUGAUUUCAUUGAGAGCUGUAUGCAAAAGCCAAACCUGCUGGAAAUGCCCAAGAAUUGCAGCGAGCCUGACAGUCCAGACUGUGUCAUGGAGCGUGACUACUCCGACAGUGCCCUUGUGGAGUUGUUCCUCAACAAGAAUGUUUCUACUGAUAACACUACCAGCACUGGUAGCAACAUCACCACCACUACCACGACUAGCACAACUCCACAACCCAGUCCAAGCAUGCCUACAUCCAGCGCUGUUUUGCGUGAUACCAUUCAAGCCAAAGCUGCCACCAGCCCCGAGUUAGCAACACAGAUGAAGCUGGCCCGAUGCAGUGAAGAGUACGUGGAUUACACCCACCAAUAUUUGGUCCCCGUCCCACAAUCCCGGGCCACCUCAAUCAAGAUGAUGAACGCCCUUAUCUUCCUCGCUAGCAUACUGAUGUUGCAGGGUUUCUUCUAGCCAAGGUCUGCUGAGAAAGUCCUAAGUCCUUUGUAGCCCAUGCAGAAAAUAGGCUACAGUCAGAGGUGAAAUGUUUUAAAAACUCUACCUGUUCUUUAAAAAAAAAAAAAGAAACAACAAUAACUUUUAGUUUACCAUGUAACUUGUAGGGAUUUGGCAUGGUGGAUAAUGAACUGUUUGUGGGACAUCUACCUGGGUUGCUCAAUUCUGCUCCAUUUCUUCAUAAUAGGAAUUCCUUCCCAGAAUUUUAUUUUAGCAAUUGUUUUGGUUUGUAAUGUGUUUGCAUCAGAUUUGGCUGUUUGAGACUCCACAAACUGUAAAUGGUGAAAACUGGUACACUCUGAAGUUUAGCAAAUUAUGAUCUGUGAUUAAUUUAUUGGCUUGUUUGCUUAAUUACUUUUUUGUCUUCAAGGGACUGAAUACCAAAAGUACACCUUGACUUCAAACACAGGAUCUUCAUAGCAUACAUAUGUAGUCUUGUAAAGCCGAAUAUACUCAUAACGGACUGACCUUCUGGUGCAAUUUUUUUGUACAUUCUUCAUAACCUUAUAUCCAUGUACAUCUUACGAGUGAUACUUUUAAAUUUCAAAAAUUUGAAUCUCUUGCAUAUAUUGCUAAGAUAAAGCUAAAACUGCGGUACAUUUUUAUCAUUAUAUGCAUUACAAAGUACAUUCCAAUGGAUGGGUCAUCACAAACAUUAAUACAGAAUUUGCCCAACUUGGUGUAACUGCACGGACAGACAGAAAUUGAUUUUUAUAGAUGUAUUGAUGUUUCUAUUUCAUUUUACCUUUAUUAAUUUAUAGUUUCAGUUUGUUGGUUGCUGCAAUUAUAUGCCGUUUUCUACGGGAUUCGUAGCAGCAGUGCUAAUAUUGUGAUGCUCCCAACAGAAUGUGACUAGCAGACAGACAGAAAUUGACUUCUUUACAGUCGUGUGAAAAAGGGAGUACACCCCAUGAAAUGCUAUGUAGGUUGAUAUAUCAAAAUUUGAUCUUCAUUUAAACCUUAUCUUUAGAUAAAAGUGAUGUAAUUAAUAGAAAAGCUGUCAUUGCAAUGGAUUUCUCAUUUAUUUAUGUAUGUGUUCAUGUAUUUAUUAAUUUAAGUAUGGGAUUUAGCUGUAAGAGCUGGCAUGUUACCCUUGAAAUAGGCAUUUCCUACAACUGUCUACAUGUCUGUGAUAUGAACUGAGAGAAAGUUUUUCCCUACUAAUCUGUGCAGAUUUCUUUUAGCUGUGUGACGUUGAGGGGUGUCUUGCAUUCAGAACCCAUUUCAUAUUGUCCUUACCCUCCUUCAGCUCUUCUGUGAUUGGUUUAUUGGUCUGUUUAGGGUCAUUGCCAUUUUUUUUUUUUUUUUACCAUCUUCUGACUGAUGGACUUGCACGCUCUGGUACAAUGAAGACUUCAUAGGUGAUUCUGUGAUGGUGAGUAGCCUAGGUCCACCAUGAUUUACAAUUGGUAUGAGGUUUUUACGCUCAAAUGCUUUGGCCACAUUCCUGUAUGUUUGACUUGUUUGUUCAGAGCACAUUAUUCCAGACGUUCUGAUCUUUAACUAGGUGUUCACGGUGAGAGAAAAGAGCAAAUCAGACAAAAAAGGUUUGGGGUUCCACCAUGUAUAUUCACAACAAUCUGCAAAAUAAAAUAAUUAAUUAAAGCCAACUGAGUAGUCACUUAGGACUGAGUCCAAGAUGUGACUAAUAAACAAAUAAAAGUGUCUGGCUUUAUAGCCGGCGAGGAGGAAUAGGGGUGUGCAAGGGGCUGUUGGAGGAAGUGAGGUCAGGAGUAGGGUGGGAGCUGCAACUGGAAGUAGAGAAUUAGGCAGGCUUCUGUUCUGAGGAUCUGCAGAGAAAGGAGAAAAGGUGUUAGUGCACUCUGUCAUCCCCUGAUUCGGCAUGCCACAUUUAGUCGAGUCUAUUGACUGCCUCCCGUAUGCAUACGUGUGACAGUGGGCAAACUGUAGUCUUGUCCUGGUGUUCUUUCUGGGUAGCCAAAUUUUCCUCCCAGCAUACCUCCCCUGUAGCUCUCAUUUGUGCAGCUUCUUUCUAAUGGCAGACUCAGGCAUCCUGACAUCACCAGUGGCAAGAGCUACCUGUAGGCCCUGUGAUGAAAUUCUGCGAUUCAUAGAGACUUCGUUCAGCAUCCUUGUGUUCUGCUCUCAGAAUGAACUUGCUGUGGCAGCCUGGCCUGGACAAAAUGGCAGUUGUCUAAAAACUUGCAGAUAAUCUUUUGGUCAGUGGAGUAAUUUAUUUCCAGUUUUUGGGAGAUCUUUUUAAAAUCUCUUUCUGGACUCAAGAACAUCUGUCACCUUUUUAUUUAUUUAUUUUUUUUUGAGGGCCUCAGA